UUUCAUCAUCCGAGCUGAUGUGCGCUUGAUGCUCCGUCACUGUCAGCGUCCCUGUCCUCGACUCUCAUCUCUUUCUCCUCGUCCAUCUCCUCGUCCCCCAUCCCCCCCGGUACACGCCCAGAGCCGCAGCAAGUAGCGGCCGAAGCCCCUGUGUAGACGACGCGCGGUCCGAAGCGGCCUCGCAUUGUGGAGCAGCAGCCUGCAGGUGUCCCGCUGACGGCUCGUCCACGCAGCAGCAGCCACAGCAUGUCGGUCUUCGCCCCGUCGCUUAGCGCGUCCUCCUCGCGCUCUACCUUCUCCGACAUAUCCCUCCCCGCCGAGCCGUCCCCCUCCACCACGCCGCCCCCAAGCUCGGGCUCCAAGACGCACGCCUUCUUCAGCUCGCCCUUCGGCACGCGAUCCCCGUCCCCCACUCUCCCCCCGACUCUGCCCCCGGCUACCUCGCCCAAACGCCGCGUCGUGAGCGAGAACCACCAGCCGCGGUCCCGCACUGCCGAUUUCUUCGCCGCCGCGAGCUCCCCGCCCCCGCCCAUGAUCGAGGUCCUUCCCGUGAUGGACGCGCGCGACGACAGCAGGAAGCUGCUCUUUCCGCCCCCGGUUCGCAACCGCCGUGGCUUCAUGCACCUCGAGUUGGAGAACAUCAAUCCCGACAACUUCAAUGGCUUCACGCUUCGCGAUCUCCCCUCGCCUACCGUGCCAUCCCAUGCUACGACUCAGCGAGCCGAGCAAGGAGAGCCGACGCCGCGACCAAAUCCAUUCGAACCGACAUUCUCCAAGGCGUGUGCGUUGGCGGAGGAACAAACGCCCAAGGCGCCUCAUUAUGUUCCCGAUCGUGUCACCUCCGGCCAUCACGUACAGAAGGAAGAGCUCUCCGACAACGAUGACGUUCUACAUCCCAGCCACAUACUUAGGUCGACAGCUUCCGACGACCCAGGCGUCCGUUUACGGCUUGUCAGCCCACUAGGGCAGGGCACAUUUUCGUCCGUAUGGUUGGCAGAGGACCUCUCAGAAGUGUCUUUGGAUAUCCAGCGCAAGCGCAGUCUACGGCAGAUCAAGCGCAAGACGUCAUCUCGCCUAUCGAACCGUUCGGUCUCUCGUCACUCUUCAGUGCGCCAAAGACAAAGGUCGGACGAUAGCGUAAAGAGCGCAUCGGUAUCACGGAAGGCCAGCGUCAAGUCGAAAGUGAACACCGCCGAUUCAUCAGCGCCGCCGUUGCCGCAGAUAGCGCCUCCCCGCCCGCGAACUGCAGCCAAGCUAGGUCUUGGCCCAGAACGUGUCCCUGGGCUCGUGCCUACGCAGCACGGCGGGCCCAGCAAGCACAGGAAGACGGGCAGCGAGGACAACAAGAGUAUCUACCUCGACGAGCGCGACGGGGACAUGCCCUCGUCCCCUCCGCCCCGAUCGCCUUCUUUCGGUAUCUCGCCCAAUCCGUCAAUGCAGGACGUGUCCUUCUUCCUAUUGCCGCCGACAUCAUCGCUCGAGCGGGUCUGGAGGAAUAGGGAGCCCUCCGAGAGUGAUCGUGCGACGUCUUCCCUGGCCAGCGACGAUGAAAGGCCUUCACGUGUACAACCGAAGUACAAGCUUGUCGCGGUCAAGCUUACGUCGCGUGGCGUGCUGGAGGGCACUAGUACUGGUACGCCGGAUGAUUCGGAGAGGGACCGAACGCGAGUGAGCUUCAUUCGCGAGGUGGAGGUCUUGCGACACAUAUCCCACCCCAACAUCACCCCGCUGCUCUCAUACUUCACGACGACUAACUAUCACGCGCUGGUUCUGCCUUAUCUACCCGGAGGCGAUCUCUUAGGUCUUGUCAAUAGCGACGCAGGGUAUGACUCCUUGACGGAGACCACGGCGCGGAAGAUAUUUUCAGACUUGAGUAAGGCCGUUGGCUGGAUGCACGGCGUUGGGCUGGUUCAUCGUGACAUCAAGCUCGAAAAUAUCUUACUGGCAGCCCCUCUUAUUCCAUCCGAGGAGAACCCGCACCCGUCAUACAACCCGACGCAGCCCUUAGUCAAGUUGACCGAUUUCGGCCUCUCGCGCUUCAUCGACCCCGAUAACCCGCUACUCAAGACGAAAUGCGGUAGCGAAGCCUAUGCAGCGCCCGAACUUGUCACGAGCACGACCUAUACGUCUGGUGGCUACGACCCGCGCCUGACAGACUCCUGGGCAUGCGGCGUCGUUCUAUACGCACUAGCAUGUAGACGUCUGCCAUUUGGCGAGGGCGCGGAGCCCACGCCCGUUGCACGGCGCAAGUGGCUCAUGCGUGUAGCCCGCGGCGAUUGGUCGUGGCCCGAGGGUGUGCGGGAAGGUGAUAGAGGGCGGCGGCAGGAGGUGCGGACGAUGGAGCGCGACAGCACCGUCAUGGUGCGAGAUCCGACGGCCAGAGCGCGGGAGGACACGUCGAUGGCGCGCGAUGAUACGGCCACGCCGGAGGAGCUGAUGGGCGCGCGCCUGGCGCUAAGCCCAGAGUUGCGGGAGGUGGUAGAGGGGCUGCUUGUACGCGAUACGUCGCGUCGAAUGCGGGUGGGGAGUCGGGCAUUCUGGGCGUGCGCGUGGUUCAGGCGUAACGAACCGGGGGAUGUUGGCACGCCGAUUGACGCCUUCGACGAGGACCGCCCGCUGCACGACUCGCCGGCGAGUGGGCCAGGUAGCUUACCCCGCGAGUCGCACAUGCCCUCGCGACUGUCGGACGGGCAGCUGUCUCCACUACCAGUCGAUGCGGCUCUGUCGCAGGACGGCGACGACAUGUUCUCACGCGGUAACUUCGUGGGCAACGGCGAGAACCUCUUCGCGGACGAGCUCGCUGCCGCGGAGGCGGAAGAUGGUUGGGGAGAGGACGAAGAAGUUGACGAUGAUGAGUUGGAGGACGCCUCGCUGGUGGAUCCCCCAGAACCGGAUAGCAUCGCGCGCCAGGAGGUGUACCCGGUGAGGUGACCAGAAUCGACGCGCGCUCGGUGACGGCCUCCACCACGCAGCGCAAACUGCAAGAUACCAGGGAAAAGUACAUAACGUGUUGACCCGCUGAGGUGCCACCGCUCGCUCGCUUCCUAUGUUUCCUAUAUCGGCAUAAUCGUUUGCUCGCGUACGCCAAUUCUUCGCUGGAGCACGCGUUCCUGCAUUUUUCUUUUUCUUUCUCUCUGUCUAUUCUCAUUCACAUGCAUACCACUGUACAUACAUUCACAUACAUACAUCGUCUCUGCCUGUCCUUUGCGCGUCCAGUCACACAUUGUCUAUAUACAUACAGUACUCCUGUAGAAGAUUGUGUUCUCAUCUCGGUGUUCCGUCCUGUUGCCACAUCGUCUACGACUACUCUACUUAUUUUACUGUUGUACAAAUCUGUGUAUAGAAGUCGAAAUCCCUGCGCAACCCAUGUCCUAAUGCCAUGAAGUGGUCUUU